CCCGCCCUCGGCAAGAUGGCGGCUCCCGGGUUGGGUAUGCCUGGUCUCCAGGUCCUGGGGAGGAGUUGGCGUCCCGGGAGGUUGUUCACUCCCGGCUCCAGGCCGUUUUGUUCCACUGCGACUUCCUCUAAGCCCCUGACUGCUCAGGCAUUGGUGGAGAAGCUCCGAGCCCAGAAACAAGAGGAAAAGAAAAAGAAAGUGCCGGUGCCUACAAACCCUCUUCAGCGGAGGGUGCAGGAACUAGUGCGAUUCACACAACAGCUACAGCGAGUUCACCCCAAUGUCCUUGCUAAGGAACUGAGGCGAGGGAUUCUCCACCAGGACAAGGACCUUGUGGUCAUUAAUAAACCCUAUGGUCUCCCUGUGCAUGGUGGCCCUGGAGUCCAGCUCUGCAUCAGUGACGUACUACCCAUCCUGGCAAAGAUGCUUCAUGGCCACAAGGCAGAACCUUUGCAUCUGUGCCACCGUCUGGACAAAGAAACCACAGGUGUAAUGAUCUUGGCUUGGGAGAAGGACAUGGCACAUCAAGUCCAGGAGUUAUUUAGAACCCGCCAGGUGGAGAAGAAGUACUGGGCCAUCACUGUGCGCGUUCCCUUGCCCUUGGCAGGAGUCGUGGAUAUCCCCAUCGUGGAGAAAGAAGUGAAAGGGCAGCAGCAUCACCACAAGAUGACGCUGUCCCCAAGCUACCAUAUGGACAAUGGGAAAAUGGUAAAGGUGCGGGCCAACCGGGAUGCCCAUGUUGCUGUAACUCAGUACCAGGUGCUUAGCAAUACUCCCUCUUGUGCCCUCGUGGAGCUGCAGCCUGUUACUGGAAUAAAACAUCAGCUUCGAGUUCACCUGUCCUUUGGGUUGGAUUGCCCAAUUCUUGGUGAUCACAAGUACUCAGACUGGAAUAAAUUGGCCCCUCAGAAACUGUCCGCUGGCACGCUGAAGAAGCUGGGGCUACAGCAGUCAAAGGCCCGCUACAUCCCCCUUCACCUCCACGCCAGGCAGCUCAUCCUGCCUGCUCUGGGCUCCAGAACCAAGGAACUCCUCCUGUCCUGUAGGCUUCCUCGCUUCUUUGUACAUUCCCUGCGCCGUCUGGGUUUAGAUAUCCCAAAUCAGGAUCAAAGCAGAGGCAGUGAGGCCAAGGAAGCACAGUGAAGACUGCUGAGCAGUUCGUCCCCAGAGCUCUGCUGUAUUUAUUUCAUGGACUCUGCUAACUUCUCACUUGGAACAGACAAGAAAAGAGCCAGCUGGGAGAAGUUGAAGAAACUUGGUCACUUCGGGACUUUUAAUCAAGAAUGAAGUCUUAGUUAGUGACAGUUCUGCUGUAAUGUAGAACAGCCUGCUGGAAGUCUCUCCUUCAUAGAUCUCUUUGCCAAGAUGGAAGAGCAGACAGAUUGGAACAGUAAAGGAGAACCAAAGGAUGGAAUCUGUGUCCAGGAACUAUCUUUAUCCAAUAGGAAGGAAAGCUGAUCUAUCAGGAGUCCUCCCUUGGAAAAAACGUCUUGAAUACACAUGUAUCAUGUACCAUGUAUUUUGUCAACUAGAACUAGGUGCCAUACUGCCCUGGCAGUGAACCUGUGAAAGGGUUGUUUAGGCGAGGUAAAUGACAAGCAGCUAAUAUGAGUGAGUGAAGUGGGCAGGAUGGAAGGCAAUGGCUGGGACAACAGACCAAGCAGAUAAAACUGUUUCAGGGUUAUUAGUUCCAGCUUAUUGUUGCCCUGUGGGCAAAUUUACUGUUUUCUUUUAGAGAACCAGGAAGUCCAGAUAUUUUUGUGAAAUCUUCCAACCUGUUGCCAACUAAAUAAAAACAUUUUAAAAUA